GCGCGCAUCUGAAAACUCACUGUUGCAUCUCUCGUUUCUCUACAUUAAUCGAGUCGGGGGGUUCUAUAUACCUGCACGAGUGCAAAAGAAAGCUCCCACAUUCUCCCCUAUUCGUCAUUAUGCAUGUCCUGAAAUCACUCGAACAUAAACCAACACUACUCUCUCUCUCUCUCCUGAGAGGAGACGGCCUGUGUAUGUUGGACCACAUCCGCAGUCAGCAGCUUUCUUGUUUAUUUCAGUGAAUCCAGGUCCCCCUGCGGACCCCUUUUAAGGAAGCAUGCAUAUCUGGGAUUUUGUGUAAACUUUCGGCCGGUGCGCGUUCUCGUCCCGUCUAAUUUAUCGGCCUCCAGACAAAGCGCGUGAACUCCUCCUCCUCCUCCUCCUCCUCCUCCUCCCUCGCCGUGCGCUCUGGUCCUCCUUCUGCGCGCUCUGGGUCUCUGCUCGGACAAAUUGCGGCGGAGCGCUGGAUCACCGAAAGUUCGCCGAAUCGGUGUAGAGGAAGCGUAGCGGGCUCGGGGCAAGGAGUGGUUCGGCGUUUGCCUUUUUCGGGGGAUCGGGGUGUAUUAUUUGUAAGGUUUUGGUUGUUGUUUUUUUUGUUGUUGUUUUUUUUGCGGUUCCACCAUGGAGACUCUCCGAGGUCUCCUUGCGCUGCUGUGCGUUGUCACGGCUGGAGCGCAAACGCAGGAUGUAUUAGUCAAGUUUAAGGAUUGUCCGGCCGACCUGUUCUUUGUACUGGAUACAUCCGAGAGUGUCGCCCUCAGACAGAAAAUCCCAGACUAUUAUAUUGACCAGAUCAAGUCAUUCACCAAUGACUUCAUAGACCAACUCAGGGACUACGACCACGAUUGUGACCGCACCCUGACGUGGAACUCAGGAGCACUGCACUACAGUGACGAAGUCAUCCUUGUGCGAAAGAUCAGUGACCUGGCCACUCAACGCCAGGCCCUGAAGAGUGACAUCAACGGCAUCAAGUACAUCGGCAAGGGCACAUAUACUGACUGUGCCAUCAAGCAGGGUCUGGCUGAGCUGCUCUCUGGAGGUUCCCGCUACAUCGAGAACAAGUACAUCGUUGUGGUGACUGAUGGCCAUCCUAUCACUGGUUACAAAGAGCCAUGUGGAGGUGUGCAGGAGGCUGCUAACGAAGCCAGGCAACAUGGAGUCAAAGUGUUCGCUGUUGCCAUCUCACCUGACCAGGAGGAAGCCAGGCUGUCGCUCAUUGCCACAGAUCCGCACUACAGACAGAACUUCACUGCUGCUGAUGAGUUCAGAUCCACCCAGAUGGGAACCAUUGAAACCAUCAUUAAUAUAAUCAAAAACGAGACGAGGGAUACGUGUUGCUCUUUCGACUGCCAUGCUCCAGGAGGGCCUAAAGGACCAGACGGAGACUCUGGUCAUAAGGGAGAAACAGGUAGACCAGGGAUGCCAGGAGAAAAAGGAGAUAUUGGUGCCGUGGGUAGCAUUGGAGAUCCUGGUCCUCCUGGGUACAGUGGAAUGAAGGGAGACCGUGGCGGCAGAGGAGAAAAGGGUGAAAGAGGACACAAAGGCUACAAGGGAGACAAAGGUCAAAGGGGAAGGGAUGGAGUUGACGGACGCAAGGGUGACUCUGGUUACCCCGGUCUUCCCGGCUGUAAAGGAUCUCCCGGACCAGACGGCCAGCAGGGAGAGCCUGGACCAAAGGGAGACCCAGGUCCUUAUGGAGUGAAAGGAGCAAAAGGAGAUCCUGGAAGAGACGGUGAACCGGGAAGGCCUGGAAACAGCGGCCCACUGGGACCCCAGGGUGAUCGUGGCCCUCCUGGAAACAACGGGGACAAAGGAGAGCGCGGUGAUGAUGGCUUACCAGGACCGGAUGGACCUCGCGGCGAGAGAGGCGCAGUUGGAGAGAAGGGCGAGCAAGGUUCCCGUGGAAACAGAGGUCCAAGAGGAGAGCCAGGGGAGCCAGGACCCCGUGGAGAGCAGGGGAGGGAGGGCUCAGCUGGCCCCAACGGAGACCCCGGCGAACCUGGCAGGGCUGGGGCUCCUGGCUACAGAGGUGAUGAAGGCCCACCUGGACCAGAAGGACCCAAAGGACCAAGAGGAAUCAAGGGAGCUCCAGGAGACAGAGGCCCAAUGGGGGAGAGGGGAGUAGAUGGCGCCCCGGGUAAUGGCACUGCAGGUUGCCCUGGUUUCCAGGGUUAUCCUGGGCCCCGCGGAGACUCUGGUGAGCCUGGUAGCAAGGGAACCCCCGGACCCAAAGGAGAUGAUGGAGAACCCGGUGAUCCAGGCGCCGAUAACAACGAACUAGGGCCUCCAGGACCUAAAGGAGCCAAAGGUCACAGAGGACCUGAGGGCAGACCGGGACCUCCAGGGCCUCCUGGACCACACGGAACUGAUGAAUGUGAAAUUUUGGAUAUCAUCAUGAAGCUCUGCUCUUGUUGUGAGUGUAAGUGUGCACCCGUGGACCUGGCGUUCAUUGUGGACAGCUCGGAGAGUAUUGGUUCCACAAACUUCGCUCUCGCCAAAGACUUUAUCAUCACAGUUAUAGACAGACUGGCCAAAGACCAGAAAGUCAAGUUUGCAGCUAAUGAGUCCAGGGUGAGUGUCGUCCAGUACAGUGGACAUCAAGCCCAAGAGGUUGUCCAGCUGGGAGUCAACAUCGCCAGGCUCACCGACUUUAAACAGGCAGUGAGAGACCUGCGCUGGUUGGCUGAGGCCACAUACACAGGCGAGGCUCUCGACUACGCUCUGAAAACCACAAUCCAGCGUAUGACUAAAGAGAACAGAGUUGUUCUCGUUCUCACCGACGGACGUUCAGAUAUUGAUAGGGACAAGGUUCCCCUCGACGUCCUCUGCGGCAACAACCUCCAGGUGGUUGGCCUUGGAGUGAAGGACUACUCAGGCCGCCAGCCCAACCAGGAGCAGCUGCAAAACAUUGUCUGUGGUAGUGACCCCAAACCAGGUGUCCCCAUUGUCCUGGAUAACUAUGCUGCGCUGCUGGAAGACGCCUUCUUGCAGAAUCUCACAUCCUUAAUCUGUCAAAAGAAGAGGUGCCCAGACUACAAAUGUCCCAUCUCCUUCUCCGACUCCACCGAUAUUUUGCUGAUGAUGGACAGCUCGGCCAGUGUGGGCCAGAAGAACUUCGAGACAAGCAAGACAUUUGUCCAUCGACUGGCCGAGCGUUUCUACACCGCAGAGAAGACGAGGGGUGCCAGUGUCAGAAUGGGUCUGGGUCAGUACAGCCGAACCGCCCGCAUCGAGCAGCCGCCAACCACCAAUUACACCGUGCUGUCUCGUCAAAUUGAAGAGGCAGUCUUCCAGAAUGAUGGCACCAAUGUGUCUAGGGCCUUGGAAGUUGCCGUUAGGGCUUUACGUGGUCGCGGGGAUGCAGCGGGAGGCAGGAAGAAGCUGGUGUUGUUUUCUGACGGCAGGUCUCAGGCUGUCACCCAGGGUGUGCUGGAGCAGCGCGUCCGUGAGGUGGCUGACGCCGGGGUGGAGCUCUUUGUCAUUGCUGUCGGCAGCCAAGUGAAUGAGGCCAACCUGCGCACACUCGUGAGCAGGGGCAGGCCGGCUGACGUCAACUACGCCCAGCGUCACCUGUUCCAUGUGUCAGACUACUCCUCUCUGCUCCGCGGGGUCUUCCACCAAACCGUCUCCCGCAGGGUGUCCCUGCCCUGAAAUGCAGGGCCCUGAACAACAGGACCAACACGCUUAGAUUUUUAGUCCCAUUAUGAAUAUUCAGUCUCACGCAUUUACAAUACACUGUGUUCAAGUUCUGUAAAAAAAAAAAUAAAAAGAUAAUUACAUUUUUUUUAAAAAGAACUAAUGUCACCAAAAGACAGAUGAUUGUGUGGCAGACAAGUGGAAAUGUCUUCAUGAGAUUCAGAGGCUUUUUUACCCUGAGUUACGCCUCCAAGGCACACCAUUUCAGGCUGUGUACAAUUUCCCCCUCCUAUGCUGGGAUCAUUAGACUGUAACCCAAUUGAUGGUGCUAACCUAAACCAUUAACAACCAGGAGGCAUUGCUGCCUUGCAGGCACAGCUCUGGGUAAAAAAGACUCUUGUCAAAAUAGGUUGCUUUGGUCCUAGAGAGCCGUCAGUGAUUACCACAACUAAAGUACAUGUCUAGCUUUCAAAUGCAUUGUGCUGAUUUCUACUCAGGUAUUGUGCAUCCCUGCAUCAUUUUCAGCUAGUCUGGACCCGUGCUCUGAUUUACAUAAUCUAACCAGCGCAGGUUGAUAAUGGCUCAUCAAGGCUACACUCCCCUGUCUCUCUAGGACCAGGGCUCCUGCCUUUUGAAGACUUUGUUUUAAGGGUUCAAUGUGGACUCGUUUUUUUUAAGCUCCUACCACUCUUUCAAGUAGUGUCGGAUUUGUGAAGUUAAAAUGUUCCAUAACCCUUAAUGAUUUCUUGACCUGGAAUGCUGGCACGUUUGGCCUAUCAUCUUCAUUUUAAGUUCGGUAAAAGUCAUUUGAAAAAGGCCACGGCAUGAUCCCAACUUGGUGGAAACUCGCAUCCGACAUCACUUGAAAGCUCUAUUAGAUCACCAAACACAUAGAGGGAAAACAGGACAUGACACCCAGCGCUUCACCUGGUACUAAUAGGGACACAUCUGGAGUCAAUGUGUGUGAUUCUGUCCGUGUGUGUAUCUGUAUGUGUGUAUGUGGAAGCACCUCUGUGUGUGCAUCAAUUACAUGUUCAUGUGUGUGGGGGGUUGAUUUUUCAUGUGUAGCCAUGGGCGAUUGUUCCACAAACAGUUGUGCUGGGGUCACUGGUUCAGAUGACCGAAUGACUGUAACCUGUUCUGAGACAUCUCUGUCAAACACACACGCACACACGCACACACACACACACACACACACACACACACUUUUUUACUUAAUCAGUGAGAAUGGAAAACAUCUCUCAUGGUUGAAGGCUAGAAAAGUGACCUAAUGGGACUCGUGCUGUGAGCCCCUCACACGGAAACUCAGACAGAAAAGACACACACACUUUCUACAUUCCCUCAACUGUACCUUCCACACCUUCAAUUUUGUAGUCAGCAGUGACCCAGAGUCACUGUACUGUUGUUAUCUGUGGUGCUAUUAGACUUAGUGUAUCAGCCUCUACCCAUGUUGUUAAGGAAGAUAUUUUUACCUGAGGAUACAAAACCUCAGUAGCGUUGUAAAAGCUCCUUCAAUAAAGGUUGCUACACCAAAGUG